GGGCACCGCGGGAGGAGCCGGUGCCUCCACCGCCCCUUCCGCCGACGCGGGGAGGCGAGGGGCGGCCGGGCCGGGCCGGGAGCGCAGGAUGCUCCGGUCCCUUUGGAGUUUCCUCAAGCGGCACAAGAAGAAAUGCCUCGUCCUCGGCACCUUCCUCGGCGGAGUCUACUUACUGGGAAAAUAUGGGCAGAAGAAAAUCAGAGAAAUCCAAGAGCGAGAGGCAGCUGAAUACAUCGCCCAAGCACGAAGGCAGUAUCAUUUUGAAAGUAAUCAGAGGACGUGCAAUAUGACAGUGCUGUCAAUGCUUCCGACAUUGAGGGAUGCCUUAAUGCACCAAUUAAAUUCUGAGAGUCUCACAUCCCUUCUUAAAAAUAGGCCACUAAACAAGUUAGAAAUAUGGGAGGAUUUAAAGAUAAUAAGUUUCACCCGAAGCAUCGUGGCUGUGUACAGCACCUGCAUGCUGGUGGUGCUGCUGCGGGUCCAGCUGAACAUCAUCGGUGGUUACAUCUACCUGGAUAACGCUGCACUCGGCAAGAACGGCACCACACCCCUAGCUCCCCCUGAAGUGCAGGAGCAAUAUUUAUCCAGUAUCCAGCACCUGUUAGGAGACGGACUGACGGAGUUAAUUACUAUCGUUAAAGCAGCCGUGCGUAAAGUUUUUGGAAGCAUCUCCCUGAAGCACACCCUGUCUCUCCUGGAUCUGGAACAGAAACUUAAAGAUAUCAGGAAAGCGGUGGAACAUAAAGAUUCAGAUCAGACUGAGUCUUACUCUCCCUUAUGUCACUAUCUGAUGCCAGAUGAAGAAAACCCUUUGGCUGCCCAGGCCUGUGGACUCACAGAAAAAGACAUUGCUACAAUUAAAUUACUUAAUGAAACUAGAGAUAUGCUAGAAAGUCCAGACUUCAGUACAGUUUUGGGCACGUGUUUAAAUAGAGGAUUCAGUCGAUUGCUGGACAACAUGGCGGAGUUUUUUAGACCUACUGAACAGGACCUCUCGCAGAACGGCUCUGUGAAUAGUCUUUCCAGUGUCAGUCUUCCUUUAGCCAAGAUAAUUCCAAUAAUCAAUGGGCAGAUCCAUUCGGUGUGCAGUGAAACACCCAGUCACUUUGUUCAGGACCUGUUGAUGAUGGAACAAGUGAAAGAUUUUGCUGCUAAUGUUUAUGAAGCUUUUAGUACCCCUCAGCAACUAGAGAAAUGAACUGCACAUUUAUAGGACUAGAUUGUGUAUUUAUAACAAAUCCCUUGUGACUACUGAUGAGACUUGGGUUAAUUUUAUAACGGUGUAGGAGGGACAGACCAGCAGAAAGAACAUUCUGAAGGAGAAAAAAAAAAUAAGUGGGAGUGAGCCCAGAUUUCUUCUAAUAGAAUUCUGUUUCAAACACCCAUUAAAAAUAUUCUUGUUAAAAGAAUCAUUGUAUGUAAAGACUUUUCUAUUAAAAAAAAAUGGUUAAACUCUUCCAUAAUUCAUUAUUUUUAUUGCAUCUGAAAGGCAUCUGGGGGCAGUAUUGCAACAAGUUAUUUGCCUUGGGGGUGGAGGUUUUGGAAAAAAAUAAACCACCUAGUGAUAGUGUUCUAAGAAUAGCAGAGAGUAGCAGAAUGAAGUAAGGCUGUUUGUUUCUCCCAAAUUUUUCUUUUUUGUAAGGAAAAAAAAACUUUCCUCUUAACUUACCAAAUGUUAUUCCAAAGAGUCUCAUUCUUCAGAAAGCCUUUGCCAACUGCUGCGUGUUCCUCUUGAAGAAGCCGAGGAGGGUGCUCUCUCUGGUACUUAGUACUAAAGGAAUGUGGGUUUUUUAGAAGUUCUCUCGUUUCUGCUGUUCAAACAGCUACACUGUACACAUUAACUUGUAAAUAUUUUAUCUUAAUUUGUAUUAAUUUUGAACCCAAUUGUCUGUAUUGUAAUAAAAUAUUUUAAUGUAAAA